UCAAUUUUCAGGGCGAUAAAAUUAAUCACACUGGAGAACAAAACAUAUCGCAUUCAUAAAUAAACCAUAAGCUCCAAAGGGGAAUUAAAGAGUAUGAGGGGGUUUUCCUCUGUAGCUUCAAGGGCUUCUUCACCUGCUUUCACGAAUCUCACUAAACAAAACCAAAAUUCCCUUAGACCCAUUACUCCAAAACCCUCAAAUUUUGACUAUAUUGCGACUAACAGCAGCCCCACCACUCAACAAUGUUCACCCAGUAAGCCUUCAUUGAAUUGGAAUUCCAACACUUCCUUAGCAGCUAAAAAGGUAAACUUUCGAGCAAGUGUUGUUGAUCAUGAGUAUUUUUCCCUGAUUCUUGCAAGAAAAGACUGGUAUUUAUUGCUAAACCAUGAGUAUAAAGCCAAGAGGGUUACUUUGAAUCAGCAAGCAGUUGUUAGUAUUUUGCAAAAUCAAGAAAACCCAUUACACCCUUUUAGAUUUUACAUCUGGGUUUUGAAGAUUUUUCCCUCUUUUGCGAAUAAUCAAUCAGUUAAGGGGGUUUUAGGUAAUGUACUUUAUAGGAAAGGUCCCCUUUUGUUGUCAGCUGAGCUUGUUCAAGAUAUCAGAAACUCUGGAAAUGUAAUUAAUGUGGACUUGCUUUGUGUUCUAAUUGGUAGUUGGGGGAGAUUAGGGUUGGGGAAGUACUGUACUGACAUUUUGGAGCAGGUUUCUUAUUUGGGGCUCACUCCUAGCACUAGGUUGUAUAAUGCGGUAAUCGAUGCAUUGAUCAAGUGCAAUUCACUUGACUUAGCCUAUUUAAAGUUUCAGCAAAUGCAGGUGGAUAACUGUAAACCAGAUAAGUUUACGUAUAAUAUUCUAAUUCAUGGAGUUUGUAAGGCUGGGGUUGUGGAGGAGGCACUUCGUCUGGUGAAACAGAUGGAAGGAGUGGGAUACUCUCCCAAUGUGUUUACUUACACAAUUUUGGUUGAGGGGUUUUGUAAUGCUAAAAGGGUGGACGAGGCAUUUGAGCUCUUAGGGGUAAUGAAGAGUAGGGGCAUUGUACCAAAUGAAGCUACUGUAAGAUCAUUAGUUAAUGGAGUAUUUCGGUGUGUGACACUAGAUAAGGGCUUUGAAUUGUUAUGUAGAUGGUUAGAGAAAGAACAUGUCUUGCCUAAUGUAGCUUGUUCUACCAUGCUACAUUGCCUUAGUACUAAUUUUUCGCCAAGAGAAGCAGCUCAACUAUUAAGAAUAUCAAUUGAUAGAGGUUACUUCCUGGAUAACUCAACUCUUAACAUUGCACUGACUUGUUUAAUCAAAGGAUUAGAGCUUGAUGAUACUUGUCAGAUGUUAGACUUCAUCACUGUUCGAGGGGUGAAGAUUAGUGUUGAUAUUUAUCUUGCACUUGCUGAUGCUCUUUAUAAAGGUGGGAGAGUUGAACAGGGGAACAAAUAUAUGGACCAGAUAUUUAGGGAUGGUCUUGUAUCUAACACAUUCUUCUAUAACCGGGUUAUUGAUUGCUUUUGCAAAAUCAGAAUGAUGGACAAAGCAUCAGAUGCUUUCAAAGAUAUGCUUCAGAGAGGUGUCACUCCCAAUAUUGUAACUUUUAACACUCUUAUUAGUGGAUAUUCCAAGGUAGGGGAGGUUAAGAAGGUACAUGAGCUACUAGUCAUACUACUGGAACAUGGUUUUCGACCAGACAUUUUCACGUUUAGUUCAAUCAUUGAUAGUCUUUGUAGAGUAAACCGCAUUGACGAUGCUUUAGACUGUCUCACAGAGAUGGUAAGAUGGGGAGUUGUUCCAAACGCUGUAACAUACAAUAUCUUAAUUCGUGCACUUUGUGUCCACGGGGAUGUUGGUAGAUCACUUAAAUUAUUAAGAAAAAUGCAAGGUGAUGGAAUAAAGGCAGAUGUUUUCUCCUUCAAUGCCUUAAUUCAAAGUUUUUGUAAGAUGAAUAAGAUUGAUGAGGCACAAAGGCUUCUGGUAAGCAUGUUGACGCUGGAUUUGAUCCCUGAUAAUCAUACUUAUGGUGCUUUUAUCAGAGCCUUAUGUAACUCAGGGAGAUUUGAUGAAGCUAAGAGAUUGUUUUUUUCAAUGGAAGCAAAUGGAUGCAUCCCCGAUGUUUUGACAUGCAAACUAUAUCUUGAUUCACUUAUUCAAUCAGGUUGUAUUGAAGAAGCGCAGGAUGUUUUAAGGGAGUGCGGAAAAAGGGGAAUGCUAUUGGAACCCAUUACUUCUUCAUAGUAUCUUUGCUUCAGGAGUGAUUAUCACUUAAUGCUCACAAGCUACGCUGCUUGUUAGCCAAUCAUGAACAUACCCAUGCUAUUGACCCAUCAGGGCUGGCCUAAUGUACUAUAGGAAUGGCAGUCAGAGAAAGAUUUGGGCUUGAUGUGAGCUGUAAGAUACUCUGAAAGUGAAUUUUCAAUUUUUCUCUCCAUCACGACUGCUAAAGAAGGCUACAAUUGCUGAACUACUUAAAAGUGCAGUGGACAGUAAUCAUGUGACUUACCUUUAACAAAACCCUUACAGUUUUGGGAUGGAAUGAGGUAGAAGUUUCACAGAACACAUUGGUGUGUCUGAAAAGUGAAUACGGAAGGGCUCAUCCAGAAGGUACUUUUCAGUGAGGUCACAUCGUAGCGGCCAAAGUUACAAUAGUAAAAUUGAACCCUCGAAUAUGUUCAAGGAUCUCAAAAUAAUAUUCCAGUUAGGGGGAUAAUUUUGCACGAUUCCAUCGAGAAUUGAAUUGACCUUUCCUUUAUUUCAACCAGAGUAUCUAACAGAGAAAUUACUGUGGAUAUUCUAACCAAAAUAUUAGACAUUCCAUGCCCUUGGAGAGUGCUUUGUCGUGCUUGGUCACUGACAUAUCCUACUUCACUUAAUGAGCAUGGGUCAAUUCCGAUGUGGUCGCUGUCAUGGAAGCCCAAAAUACUUAAGAAUGCUGCCUCUUCUGUCUUCACUUGGAGUGCAGCAUCAGGUUCCAUCUUGACAGCCAACAACUUAAGGAGGAGGCCUACAGUUACAGUGAGUUGGUAGCAUAUGUUUUAACAAAGAUGGAGAUGAUGUUGAUCACCUCAUUCAACAUUGUAUUCUUUUUCCAUUUUGAUUUAUCAAAGAAUUGCAUCAAUUAAAUAUCUGCUUGGAUUGAUAAUGUUUUAGCUGGUUUACUUUUUAAUAUGCUUGUAUUGGCUGGCAAAAAGUUUCACAUUAUAUAUCUCCUAUGUGAAAUGUUGAUGUUCUACAUCUAUGUGGAUUGAGAUUGUGGUAAUAUUCUACAUUUCAACUCAAUUUUUCCCUAAAAUGAAGAUGAAGACUUUUAACUUAGUCAUUUUCGUCUUUACUUGUGUUAUCCACGGGAACGGAAUGAACUAAGAAAGAAAGCAACAUGGCCAGCUAUCUUAUGAUCUAAAAGAAUUGUUAUAUUACUUGUUUCUCCGUGAGAUCGGGAAAAAAAAUAUGCUGGUGCUUUUUAUUGAACACCUCUCUUGAUCUUAAGAUGACCGAUUUUCAUUUCAAGGACCUGACUAAAGGGGAAAGAAGGAAGUUACUGGCGUGGUCUUAUCAAUGACAGAAGUCCAAACUCAUUUUUCUACGUGUUAUAGAUAAUUCACCGUGAAUAUGAAGAUGGAGCUCCUUGUUUAGGUGUCAUACAUUAAAACCUGGGUGUUAGUUUGUAAAAAGGGUUUUUCUCUGACUUCUUACAUGUUGAAGAGUUUUUUCCUCUUCAUAUUUUUUCUUCGUCUUGGUGGAGUUGACAAUAAUCCUGACUAAUUUCAGUUUGUGUGU